UCGGAACGCUUCACUGAAUUGAAUCAAGAUGCCAGUGGUUCUCUCUGUUAGAAAAAGGGAUUGACGUGGUUCUUCCGUCAUUCAGCCGGUCAGUCGCCUGAAAUUCGUUUGGAAAUUGCUGCGGGAGUUCUGAGACCUCCAAGUAAGUAAACUCAUGUUAAACUCCCUGGAAAAACGAGCAUUUGUUUGUUUAGUGGCGUUCUCCGCUGCGACGAAGGGUUAAAACCAGACGCUACUCCAAUCCACGGCUGCAAGCCGUCAGUCACCAACCCCACCUACGAAGUCCACCACGCCCACGAUGUGCACCUUGGAGCAGCGGGGCCGCGUCUUCGUGCUCACCCUCACCGGCGACGGCGAGCACCGCCUGGGCCACGCCCUCAUUUCCUCGAUCCGCUCCGCGCUCGCCUCCGCCGCCGCCGCGGCGGCGGCCCAGGCGGGGCCCGGGGCCUGCCUCGUCACCGUCGGCGAGGGCCGCUUCUUCUCCAACGGCCUCGACAUCGGCUGGGCGGGGACCUCCCGCGCGCGGCUCGGGGAGCUCGUCGCCGCGCUCCGCCCCGUGGCCGCCGACCUCCUCGCGCUGCCCAUGCCCACCGUCGCCGCCCUCACGGGCCACGCCUCCGCCGCCGGGUUCCUCCUCGCGCUCUGCCACGACUACCGCCUCAUGCGCGCCGACCGCGGCGUGCUCUACAUGAGCGAGGUCGACAUCGGCCUCCCGCUCCCGCCCUACUUCAUGGCCGUGCUCCGCGCCAAGAUCACCGCCGCGCAAGCGCUCCGCGACGUCGUGCUCCGGGGCAGGAAGCUCAGGGCCCCCGACGCCAAGGAGAUGGGCAUCGUCGACGCCGUCUGCCCCGGCGCCCCCGAGACGGCGGCCGAGGCCCUCAAGCUCGCCGAGCAGCUCGCCGCCAGGAAGUGGGACGGCGCCGUGUACGCGUCCAUAAGGAUCUCCAUGUACCCUGACGCCUGCAGAUCCGUUGGAAUUGUCGAGGAGAGCGACGAGGAGAAGGCCAGGACCUUCGCUUCUUCCAAACUCUGACGAGACGAGAGGGUUUCUAUGGAGUCGGGGGUAUCUUUUCGCAUUUUGCAUAUGUACAUUGAUCAGCCAUUGCUCUGUACGAAGCACCCAACAUAUAUUUAUGCAGACCUUGUACUGUUCUUGCCUUGGAUGUGGGAAAUAAAUAUUCUGCCUGUGUGUGUCUUGUUGCAAUGAGA